AUGCUGUCGCUGACGCAAAUUGAGCAGUUCCUCGAUACUGGCGUCCUCGUUGUCGACGACGUGCUGACGCCAAGCGAGGUUGCUAGUGCGCGCGCCUCUCUCCACGAUGAACUCAAGAGCUAUGGCGUUGACCACGAUGACCUUCCAGCAACGGCGGUAAACCUCAAGCUGCUUUCCAGCACAGGCGGCGCCGGUGGGAUCCUCGAUCUCUUCUAUCCGUCAUGGCGCCUUACUGUGGCCGAACAUCCUCGCGUCUUCAAGGCCAUGUCUGAGCUCUGGGCUGCGACGUACGCGUCGGGCGAACUGGACCUCUUCCGCCACCCCUUUGGCGAGUUCAACGCGACAGAGGGCUAUAUCUACGUGAACCGCGUCUGCUACCGCGUGCCUGAUGCAAUCUCAUCUGGCGCAGUCGAUGGCGUGUCGAAGCGCAAGAGCAAGAAACAACUUCAACGGUCCUUGACGCCACAUGUCGACUGCUGUCCGACCAACAUGUACGCCACGGGGAAGGAAUUUCCGCGCUGGCGCCCCAUCCAGUGCAUCACAGCGCUUACUGACAACCUCGAUGCGUCCACUGGUGGCUUUGAAGCCGUUCGCGGCUUUCACAAAGAGUUUGCUGGGUACUUUGCCACAGCAGGCCACGCUUCUGCUGACGCGAGGCCACCGGUCUGCCUUGGUGAUUUCUCGCCGUUGCGCAUGCAAGAAGACAACCGCGUCAUUAGCCGCUACGAGCACAUUCCAUGCCGCGCCGGCAGCGUCAUCUUCUUCGACUGGCGCAUCCCGCACGCCAAUAGCUACCGCCACGUCGGUUCAAUUCCUCGAGAGGUCAUCUAUACCGGCUUUCUUCCCCGUGUCCCCAUCAACGAAGCGUACGCGAAGGAGCAACUUCGCCGUGCGACGGGGUCUCGGUGCCUCAUUGGCGGCAAAGGCUCCAACCAAGCUGUCGCGGCCUCUCAUGCCGGCGCCCCGACCACUUUUCUCGGCCAGUUCGGCGACGACUAUGCCAGCCGCAUGCAAGCACAUUUGCGGGAUGCUGGUGUGACGGUCGAUGCGUCGAGCACCGUGCACACGGACGUCGUCUCAGGCCAGGCCACAAUCUUCCUCAUGCCAUCGGGUGAAAAUGCCAUCGUAAUCGUACCAGGAGCGAAUGCUGCGUGGCCGACAGAGCUUUCUCCAAGCUCGAAGGCGAGCAUUCGCAACGCGUCGGUUGUGCUGCUUCAAUGCGAAAUUCCCCACCGCGUCAACCGGCUCGUUGCUAUGGAAGCGAAGGCUGCAGGAGCGAUCGUUCUCUGGGACCUCGGAGGUGAAGAACGCGCUAUCGACGCCGACUUUUUGCAGUACGUCGACUACAUGUGCCCCAACGAGACCGAGCUCCAACGCUGCAUUGGCGCUUCCGCACCCCUACUGACGCUAGACGAUGUCGUCCGUGCCGCCAAGAUGCUCCAAGACACGUAUCAUCGCACAGCUCUCCUCGUUUCGCGCGGAUCGAGCGGCGCAGUUCUCAUCGCCGAGGAUGGCUCCGUCACGCAGCAAGCCGCUUUCAAGACAACUGUCGUCGACACUACCGGGGCUGGCGACUGCUUCCGUGGCGCAUUCGCUGCCAUGUUGGCGCAAGGUCAUACGAUUGCGGACUGCCUCGAAUACGCUGCCGCUAGUAGUGCUCUCUGCGUUGGCCUCCUCGGCGCGACGAUGCCAUCCCGUGAUGCGACCUUGCAGGCCCUUGCAGCGGUAAGAUCCAACCGCACGACUGAGCCGUCCGGUUAG